AUGGCCAAGACCAGACCUGGCAAACGAGACUUAGAUUCUUACACCAUCAGAGGGACUAACAAGGUCGUUAGAGGUAACCUGUCUUUGUGUAUUCACAUUUUGACUGGGGAUUGUGUGUUGAUGAAAUCAGCGGACAUGGAUACAGCCCCAUACGUGGCACGUAUUGAGAAGAUUGAAGCAGAUAAUCGGAACAAUGUGAAGGUAAGAGUGAGAUGGUACUAUAGGCCUGAGGAGUCUAUGGGAGGGCGGAGACAGUUUCAUGGAACAAAGGAACUGUUCUUGUCCGACCACUAUGAUGUCCAGAGUGCUCACACCAUUGAAGGCAAGUGUGUCGUUCACUCAUUCAAGAACUAUACGAGGCUUGAGAAUGUCUCGUCGGAGGACUACUAUUGUCGAUUUGAGUACAAGGCUGCCACUGGAGGGUUCACUCCAGACCGCGUUGCAGUGUACUGCAAAUGCGAAAUGCCGUAUAACCCAGAUGAUUUGAUGGUGCAGUGUGAUAGGUGCAAGGACUGGUAUAUUAUUCGUUUAUCUGUGUUGUGUUUCCGAUUGUCAAAUACUGUUUUGGAUGUGGUCUACCCUGGUCCUUGUAGGUAUCAUCCUGCUUGUGUGGGCAUGACAAUUGAACAAGCGAAGCAAUUGGACCACUUUAUCUGUUCAGAUUGUUCUUCUGAAGAUGAUGUGAAAAAAUGUCAGACUGCAUUUCCUGCAACCACACUAACUAAUGCCAAGGUGAGACCAGAAACUAUUUGCUUGUAUUUUGCCUGA